UGAUAGUGAAAAAAAUUUUUUAGGUGAAAUAUUUAUAUAUUUUAAAGAAAUUUCAGCACACUCAUACAGUACAUACACUCACAAUAUACAGCUAAUUUAAAUAGCUGAACACUUGUUAUUGUAGCAGAAGCAAUUUUAUAAUUAAUCCGAAGAUAUAAAUCAUAAUCAUGAGCAAGUCUGAAGCAAAUGCACGUCAGGGCCACUUCAAGGCCAAAUCGCUCAAUUUGCAGGAGUCUCGCAUGCGGCGCCAUGAAGUGACCGUAACGCUGCGCAAGUCCAACAGGGAGGAUCAGAUGUUCAAGCGCCGUAACAUUAACGAUGAGGAUAUGACAUCGCCACUAAAAGAGGUCAAUGGCCAGUCUCCGGUUCAGUUAACGGUCGAUGAGAUUGUUGCGGCAAUGAACAGUGAAGAUGCAGAGCGUCAAUUCCUGGGCAUGCAGCAGGCACGCAAGAUGCUUAGCCGCGAACGCAAUCCGCCCAUAGAUCUAAUGAUUGGCCAUGGCAUUGUGCCCAUAUGCAUUAGGUUUUUGCAAAACACUAACAAUCCUAUGCUGCAGUUUGAGGCCGCCUGGGCAUUGACCAACAUUGCCUCUGGCACUGCGGAGCAGACGCGCUGCGUCAUUGAUCAUAACGCUGUGCCACAUUUUAUAGCGCUGCUGCAGUCAAAGGCCAUUAAUCUGGCCGAGCAGGCUGUCUGGGCUCUGGGCAACAUUGCCGGUGAUGGUGCUAUAGCUCGCGACAUUGUCAUUCAAAAUAAUGUCAUUGAUGGGAUUUUGAGUUUGAUCAGCAAUGAAACGCCGUUGUCUUUCCUACGCAACAUUGUCUGGCUAAUGUCGAAUCUGUGCCGCAAUAAGAAUCCUUCACCGCCGUUUGAGCACGUGAAGCGUCUGCUGCCCGUACUCUCGCAGCUGUUGACCAGCCAGGACAUACAGGUGCUGGCCGAUGCUUGUUGGGCGCUGUCCUAUGUAACAGAUGAUGAUAACAACAAAAUACAGUCUGUGGUCGAUACGGAUGCAGUGCCGCGUCUGGUGGCGCUUUUGCAAACCGACGAGCCUAGCAUUAUAGUUCCUGCUUUGCGUAGCGUGGGCAACAUUGUUACCGGCACGGAUCAGCAGACUGAUGUGGUUAUAGCUGCUGGAGGUUUGCCCAAACUGGGUUUGUUGCUGCAGCAUUCCAAGAGCAACAUUGUCAAGGAGGCUGCCUGGACCGUGAGCAACAUUACCGCGGGCAAUCAGAAGCAAAUACAGGCGGUUAUUGAUGCGGGUAUAUUUCAUCAAAUACGGCAGGUGUUGGAGAAGGGCGACUUCAAGGCCCAGAAGGAGGCUGCGUGGGCGGUGACCAACACCACUACCUCGGGAACGCACGAGCAAAUUGUGGAUCUGAUUGAAAAGUACAAAAUACUAAAACCUUUUAUUGAUCUGCUUGAUGCCAAGGAUCCGCGCACCAUUAAGGUGGUGCAAACUGGGCUUGCCAAUCUCUUUGCGCUUGCAGAGAAACUGGGCGGCACUGAGAAUCUCUGCCUAAUGGUUGAAGAGCUUGGUGGCCUGGACAAGCUGGAAGCUUUGCAGCAGCAUGAGAAUGAAGAGGUCUACAAGAAGGCAUAUGCCAUUAUCGAUACCUAUUGGCCAGCUGGCGAUGACGAUGCUGCCGAACAGGAGCUCGCACCACAGGAAGUAAAUGGCGCUCUGGAGUUUAAUACUACACAGCCCAAGGCACCAGAAGGUGGUUACACCUUCUAAGUUAUACAAACACAUACAAAGCACAUACGACCGCGCUGACACAGUUCCAUAACAACUUGUUUUGCACUCCAUACCCAACACCCAUAUACCCACACACACACACACACACACACACAGGAGGAAAACUCAAUUUCCUUAUUGUUUAUCGUUUUGUUAAUUUUAAUUGCUCGUUGUGCAGCUGACGCUCACUCAAAACUGCAGGCUAUGAAAACGCAUACCAGGCGCUAAAAAACAAUUUUUAAAAACUCGCCAUACCUAUACAUACAAACAUGAAAAAAAAAAAUGUUAAAUUAUUGAUUAAUGCACAUUUGAAGCCUGUUGCGCUAUCUGGUUGCGUUUGCAUGGCCUGCGAGGACUGUAUGUGUGUGUGCUACACUACAGCUCAAUCUAAUUUUUCGGAUAUAUUUCUCAUAUCUAUUUAUAUAUGUAUUUAGGCUGUUAGUAUUUAUUGAUAUAUGUAUAUGUAGUGUUUUUAAAUGAUUACCCCCCCUCUUAUUAAAACACGCAUACUCAAACAACAACACGAAGAACAUCGCAACUCAACAAGUGU